AAUGGUAGGCAAGGCAAGCAGUCCUCCUAGUAAGCCUGCUUGCUAACUGCUGUUCAAGUAUUGGAGGUGGCGAGUAGCGCAUGCAUUUCUUGUUAACGACUAUAUAAAGUCCAGUCCCAUCCAAACGCAUGCAUUGUGAGUUGUAAUGGCACCGCCGCCGCCCACCAAAAUCGAGCCACAAACAACUAAUGGUCAGCCCCAUCUCGCCGACGCCUACGACCGUCACGUGGUAGCCGCAGCCUUCCCUUUUGCCACCCAUGCAAGUCCCAUGCUUGACAUCGUUCGCCGCCUAGCUGCCGCCCUUCCAAACACUCUCUUCUCGUUCUUCAGCACUUCGAAAUCCAACAGCUCUCUCUUUUCCAACAACAGCAAUAAUAACAUGCCGCCUAACAUAAGGGUGUACGAUGUGGCUGACGGGGUGCCCGAGGGGUAUGUUUUUGUUGGUAAGCCCCAGGAGGACAUAGAGCUCUUCAUGAAAGCGGCACCGGAAAACUUACGGAGGAGCUUAGACGCCUCCGUGGCGGACACCGGGAAGCAUAUCAGCUGCUUGAUCACCGACGCCUUCCUUUGGUUUGGAGUCCACUUGGCUGACGAUUUGGGAGCGCUUUGGGUCCCUUUCUGGCUCUCCGGGCUUAACUCCCUCUCUGUUCACGUGCAUACCGAUCUCAUCCGGGACACUAUCGGAACUCAAGGUAUUACAGGCCGUGAAAACGAGCUCAUCGUCGACAAAAAUGUGAACAUCCAAGGACUGUCCAAGGUGCGGAUCAAAGACUUACAAGAAGGAGUCAUUUUCGGAAACUUGGACUCGGUAUUUUCCCGCAUGCUACUUCAAAUGGGUCGGCUCCUCCCCCGCGCCACCGCAGUUUUUAUGAACUGCUUCGAAGAACUCGACCUCCCCGUAACAAACGACCUAAAGUUCAAAUUCAACAAACUCCUCAACGUAGGACCUUCCAACGUAGCAUCCCGGCUGCCACCGCUGCCGCCAUCAGACGCUUUGAUCUUGUCGUGGCUUGACAAGCAAGACGCUCCAUCCUCCGUCGUGUACGUCAGUUUCGGGUCGGUGGCGACCCCGCCGGAGAAGGAGCUGCUAGCAAUAGCGGAGGCCCUGGAAGCCACAGGGGCUCCCUUCUUGUGGUCGCUCAAGGACAACUUCAAGACACCGUUGCUGAACGAGUUCUUGACAAAAAUAUUGUCAAAGGUGAACGGGAUGGUGGUGCCGUGGGCUCCUCAGCCGCAUGUCCUGGCCCACGCUUCGGUCGGAGCUUUCGUGUCACAUUGCGGCUGGAACUCGCUGCUGGAGACUAUAGCCGGAGGGGUGCCCAUGAUUUGUAGGCCAUUUUUUGGAGACCACAGGCUUAAUGCAAGGAUGGUGGAGGACGAGUUGGAGAUAGGGGUAAAUGUGGAGGGAGGAGUUUUUACCACGGAGGGGCUGGUAAAAAGUUUGGAAGUGGUUUUGUUGGCAGAAAGUGGGAGGAAAUUCAGAGACAAUAUAAAGAAGGUCAAACAACUCGCAGUAGAGGCGGUUGGACCACAAGGGAGCUCCACUCGGAACUUCAAAUCGUUGUUGGAUGUUAUAUCAGGAUCCAAUAAAGCGUAGUGCGAGGGCAGUAAAUGCAGCACCAUAAAUAACAACCUUAUAAUACCUGUAUCUUGCUCAAUGAUUAUGCACCAUCUACGGGCGGACAUAUUUAUUUAUUUGGAAUGAUCUCUCGCGGAUCAAUGUUACUCUUCUCUGCGUCAUUGUCAUUUACUAAAACCUUGAUCUUAUUAUUGUUCUGCU